GACCAGGCGGACUCGAGACACGCGGAGGAGGAGGCACGUUGGUAGGAACGACUGUCUCAAAAUACAGUCGAUGUUCUCCAUUCCGUAUAUGUAGCCAUCGAUGACCGAGGAAUUGUCAAUUUGAUUCCAGUAUAUAUCCUCAUCCAUAAGGUCCCCCGGACCCUCUCUGCCGCUUUUCAGGAGUGACUAAACAUCUGCUUUUGCCCAAUUCGCAUCUCUCUCGACUCCCGCCGACUGCAUCUAAUCUCCCAGCCCUCGUCCCCCUUUGUUGCUCUCCGCUGCUAGUAUCGUUAAGUCGGUAUGCGUCUCAUUAUACGCGACGACCCCAAAGCAGUGGGCGAGUACAUUGGGAAUUACAUUGCAAAAAGGAUCAACGACUUUGCACCAACAGCCGAGAAGCCUUUCGUGUUGGGUCUGCCCACAGGAUCUUCUCCCAUACCGACGUACAAGCACCUCAUCUCAUUAGUCAAAGCCGGAAAACUCUCGUUUAAGCAUGUCGUCACAUUCAAUAUGGACGAAUACGUCGGCCUACCAGAGGAUCACCCAGAAUCCUACCACACGUUCAUGUUCAGGGAGUUCUUCUCACAUAUCGAUAUCCCUCCCUCGCAAGUUAACAUCUUGAACGGCAAUGCGAAAGACCUCAUCGGCGAGUGCAACGCGUACGAAGCUAGGAUUAAAUCUCAUGGGGGUAUUGAACUCUUCCUUGGCGGCAUUGGUGAAGACGGUCACAUUGCCUUCAACGAGCCUGGUUCCUCGCUUGCUUCGCGUACACGUAUCAAGACCCUCGCAUAUGACACCAUCCUGGCCAAUGCAAGAUUCUUCAAUAACGAUAUCGCGGCGGUACCGAGGAUGGCGUUGACAGUUGGUGUAGCAACAGUGCUGGAUAGUAAAGAGGUUAUUGUAGUUGUAACUGGUCAGAGGAAGGCGUUAGCGCUAAGCAAGGCUAUUGAGGAGGGCGUAAACCAUCUCUGGACGCUGUCGGCAUUGCAGACGCAUCCUUGGGCACUUAUUGUCGUUGACGAGGACGCCACUGCUGAGCUACACGUCAAGACCGUCAAGUACUUCAAGUCCAUCGAGCGUGUGCAAGACGAGGUUGAAGCUAUGCAUGAACAAUUCAAGUUGAAAGGUGGAACCGAUGCCUUUGGGACUCAAGACGCUUGAUUUCCUGAUGUCCUGUCCCUCCUUGCCGGCGGGAGGAGUUAUGGAUGGAUACCUCAAGGACUGUUAACUCAUGUACUUAUAUCAUCUAGACAAUAGACUUGACUAAAUGGUCGAUC